AGGCAUACCUUCCCAAUCUAAAUCCAGUCCUAAAAUACCUUGUUCCUCCGUCCUUCUAACAGGGUAACACUCUCACUUAAAUAAAAACCAACUUUUUUCCCUUGUAACUAAACCAAAUUUGUUGUAUGAUUUGGAUUUAAAAUAAUAAAAAUAAAACAGUAAAACCCCAACUAAAAUCAUUUCCCCAUUCAAGCAUAAAAAAUACCAUCUCCCUCUUUUGCAUACCUCGCAGGCUCGCAGAAUCGUAGCUGCAAGCUUCACAAAUCGCUUCUUCAAUCUCAACUUCCACGGCUAUUAGGGUUCCGCAUUUACACGCGCCCACGCUCUCCACUCGCCCCACUCUACUAAGCUCCAACUCAAUGAGUCAACCCCUCGCCGAUUCCCAAACCAUCGCGAAUCAGACCGAAUCGCCGUCGGAAAACGCUGACGUGGUGGUGCAGUACGUGGUGCUCCGGCGAGACCUGAUCGACACGUGGCCGCUUGGUAGUGUGGUGACGCAGGGUUGCCAUGCUUCUGUUUCCGCCGUUUGGUCCAACAAAGACGAUCCUUUAACUAUCGAUUAUUGCAGCCCCGAGAAAAUCGAUUCCAUGCACAAGGUCACACUUGAAGUAAAGGGAGAAGCACAGAUUAAGAACUUGUCUGAGAAGCUCACAUCUGGUGGAAUCAUUCACAAAAUGUGGAUUGAACAACCUGAAAACAUACCUACAUGCCUUGCCACAAAACCAUACCCUAAAUCAGUUCUAUCUUCAUAUUUUAAGAAGUUAAAGCUCUGUAAGUGAUUUCAUGUUUGAAUAUAACCUUUUGUAUGUUUCUCAUUUGGGAUUUUGAUGGAAAAAGAGAACGAUGUUUUGGUAUACUUAUUUGGUAAUGGUAGAAAGAUAAAAAAAUGCACUCAUAUUUUCAACAAAAUAAUGCCAGAUGAACAACUAUUCUUGUACCAUCAUUAUACAACCAAGGUAUUGAAAGUUUUUAUAUUUAAGCUUUCUAACUCUUAAA